CACAGUGCACCGGGAGUGACAUGUGAAAAAUGGCUUGUGAUGGAGGAGCCGUGUUUAAAGUGAUUCUUUUGAUACUAUGCUUGUGCUGCCUGGUGUACAAGAGGUUCACAGACAACGAAGCACUCAGAGUGUUCUAUCACCUGGAGAAGCUGUCCAGAGAAUGGCCUCACCUGAACAACAUCACGUGGGAUGAGAAUGGAGCAUUAUUGGCUGACGUCACGUUUGGUGGGUUCACCAUCAUCACUCUGGGACUGCUGAUUGGUCAACUGUGUGGUGAGCUGAGGAGGGCCAGGAGAAUGGUUUGCUUCUUCCUGAUCCUGGGAUGCAUCAUGUUCCUAGCAGUGGGAGGACUCAGUCUGGCCGCCGUGGAUCAGGUACCUCAUCAUCUGGUGGACAACGCUAUCGUACUGGGGGUGUUGGCUAUCCUUACAGGACUUCUGUUCCUCAUAGACCUAGCCUUCACCGGCAACAAGAGGGUUUCUUCAGAUUCAUCCAUGGUAGAUAAAAAUAAGAAGCCUAUUAAAAUAGUGUCUGCACCUUCGGCUCCAGUCAUGGAGGAAAAACCUCCCAAAGAAAAUAAGGAGCCUGUAAAAGAAUUUGACGAAAAGUCAAAGAAAAAUGUCGGCAACGGGGUAAUAAAUGAGCUCAGGUCUUCUUUGAAAAGGAAGAAGACAGUGGAAGAUCUUGACGGACGAGGGGUAGUGGUAGAAAAGCUAGAAAGAAACGUGGACUUUGAAGUUGAAAAAGCGCGGGAGCUGAAGAGAGAAACUGCGAGAUUGGAGGGAAGAAGCGAAGAGGGCAGACAGUACGGUCGAAGAGGGAUGGAAAACCGGGGAUUUCCUAGGAGCUAUUCGGACGACUCCGGGAGGUUCUCAGAUAGGUUUCGUCACGAGCUGGUGGAUGCUGAGACAGACAGAAAGUUCGAUCGAGAAUUUGAUAGACUUGAUUCGAGAAAUGUAAGCGUUGUUGAGGGGACUUACGACAGUCGGCGAUCUCCGCCCAGCAUGAUGGAGUUGGAACUAGACGAGCAUUACCUGCAACCCCAGGACUACUACAUAGAGAGGAAACCAUCCAGGGAUCGCAGCAGGGAGAGGGAGAGAAGCAGGGAGAGAGAGAAAAUCAGGGAUAGGGAGAGAGAAAGAGACAGAGAAAAAGAGAGGGAAAGGGAAAAGCUCCACGACUACAGAAUAUCAAGCUCUAGGAGACACAGCCUCGGAGGAGAUCUCUCGGACCCUGAGGAGUUUCAAUCUCAACUUCCAAGUGUGUCGUUUCUUCUUUCUGAACGAGGGAGAAAGGUUCUCCCAAGCGUCUCUACGUCACCCGUAGAACGAGUCCAAGAGGUUAACAAGCCUCGGUAUUAUUUCAACUCCGCCAGAGACCCAGCCUCCGGGUCCUCGGCACCUCCAUCUCCUGCGGCACCCUUGCAGUCGGAGGUGCCCUCGCCCGGAUCACCUCGGCGUCCUGGGUAUGUCCUGCACACAGCAUCACAUUGGGAAGAGUAUGAGAAGAGUCCCACGACAGUGUCUGGACGUCUGCAGCACUGGUUCAGGCGGAGUCAACCUGGUAAAGCCCCUUGAGAUGGAGGAAGUUUGAAUGUGAAGUUCAGAACUGAGUAUGGUGGAGAAAAAGUUGACGAAUUAUUGAUACGAGUGAAGCCAUCCUAUCUAUAAGAACCAGCUUCAGCCAGAUGCUCAUAUAGUCUAUUAUUCCACUCAAAGAAUUAGCUAAUGUAAAUAUUACAUUCCCCUUUCAAUAUGACAGUUUCCUGACUUACAUCUCGAGGGGUUGUUAUGCGACUUUUCAGGGGACUUUUAUGCGUCUCAAUAAAAACCAUUGAUUUGUUUUAAUAAAGAAGUCAACCCUAUCUAUAUAAUUAAUCUCAAUCUUAUUUUUAUUUUUGUAUGGAAACAAAUUUUCAAUAUAAGUCACUGAAAGCUAGAGACAAUUAUUAUAAUUUCUUUGUUAGACGAAAAAAAUAUUAGAUUUCCUUACAUAAAAAAUUAGUACUGUAUUACGGAGACACCUAAGCUAAUUUAUCUGGGUAAUCUCUUUUGGUAACUCAGUUAAAUUUUAUACUAAAGUUGACUACGACUAAUACAUUGGUAGUCAUUAUAGUAUUUACGAUCGUCAAACAUAUUUGGCUAGAUAUUCAAUUCAAUUCAAACAUUCUUUAUUUAUAAAU